UGCUUGCCAAACAGGUUUUACUUCAAAACACAGGCCCAGGGGGGUUGACAGUAUCAGCCUUCCUGUAAUUCUAAGUGAGCUUGGCUUUGAUUUCCUAAAUGGGGACGCAGAUAGGAUCUGUUUGCACGGAGGUAAAAUGUUCUCAGGGAUAUUUGCACUCACCCCCCAUGAUGCACCUGAAGGGAGUAGGCAAGCGUAACCAGAGCUAAUCUCAGCUUUGGUGAGCAAGGAUCAAUGCUGGGCACCUCUCUACAGGUAAUGAAUAACUCUACUCAGCACUCAAAUCCCUGGCGAAAUCUAGGAGGCCGUUUUGGCAUGCUGUAUCCAGUGGGGCUUUGGCAGUGUGGAGAACCAAAGCAGAAAGAAAGCAACAAGUCCAGUUGCAUUGUCUCCUUGCAAUAAAUAAAAUAACUAAACAGCCCAAGAGCGAAUACCGAGUGAGAUUUUUAAAAGUUGGAUGAAUAACAGAGUGGGCAUUUCAAAGGGGCACGAGGGAAUGAUGCCCUGAGUUUGGAGCGCCCGAAUCCUUCGGGUUCCUUUGCAAUGCCCACCCAAAAUGUGCAAACUGAGACUGAACCAAAACCCAAGAUCCAAAGAAAUGGGAGGCUUGCAGGAGUUCAAAACUCUGGAUCUAGAUCAGAAUUACGCAGACAGGUCUCUGUGCCAUGGGAGUGUUAUUAGCGUGGGAGGCCAAGGGCAUUCACACCCGUGUUGUUUACAUAGCUUCCAAAGGCAUCCAGACCUGUUUAAAACAUGUCACUGGACCAAAGAGCUUAUCUUAUCACCAAUGGACCCGCUGGUUACAAGUCCAGUAGCUUGUUCUGAGUGAGGAGGUGGAUUCUUAAUUGGUCCUCACAGCAGCUAGGACUUGUCCGUGUGCCUUGCUAUUUUACAGUGAUGGUGUCCCUUUAAAUAUUAUUUUCACAAGUUAAGGUUACAAAGCAGCAUCUGAGAACAGGAAAUGCUGGGAGGUAGGUCUCACCCGACCGCGGAAAACUGAGUUGAGCAAGAAAGACAGCAACAGCUCAGGCCUGAAUUGGGCGGAUAACGUGUAACGGCAACAUCCCUCCUCUGCAGUCUUACCGAACUAACUCCCCUGAGAGCUUGGGAUCCCUCUCGCACAACAAGCCGGUGCCCUGCACUUCAGACAGGCUGAAACCCUUCCUGAAGCAUUACUAGAAGGGCUGAGCUGUAUGUUCAAAGGCUAUGGAGCGGAAGAGGACUCCAACCAAAGGCAGGCGGCUGGGCUCCAGCCGACGGAAGCAACUAAGAGAAAUGAGUGACCAGGCAAAGGAAUCCUCGAUCCUAGAGGAGGAUCCGGUGGCGUCCGAAAUAAUGGAAAAGGUCCAGGAUUUCUUCCGGGAAUGCGACAAGGACCAGAAAGGAUUCCUCACCCGUGCCGACAUGCAGAACCUGAAGAUGAGGGAUCUCCCAUGCAGCGCCGAGGAGUUGGAGUUCAUCUUCGAUACUCUUGAUAUGGAUAAGAAUGGAUCUUUAACGACAGAGGAAUUCACCACAGGGCUGCGGCAGUUCCUGAGCGCACAGACUGCAACCAGAGAGCAUCGGAGGAGGAAAACAGCUUCCCGGAGGGUGCACACGAUGUCUGCUAACCUGUCUCUGGAAGAUGUGGAUAGUGAGGAAAGGAAAUGCUUCAUAGACUUCAUGGACCAACUGGGUGCAGAGAACAUCUUUGAAGACCAGUCGGAGAUUUGGAAGCUGUGGGUGAAACUGCGUCAGGAUGAGCCACACUUGCUGGGCAACUUGGAGGAGUUCCUGGCCAAGAUGACAAAUCAGAUCAAGGAAGCAAGGAGUGAAAAGGCAACCCUGGAGCUGACCUUAACCAAACAAGUCACUGAACGCAACAGGGAGGUGCAGCAUCUGUACGAAGAAAUGGAGCAGCAAAUCCACCAGGAGAAGCAGCGGCUGCAACAUGAGCUUGAGACUGAAUUUCAUAGCCUCCAGACCAACCAGCAGGCUGCCAGCUCUGAAAACCAGCAGCUAAAACAAACCAACCAGGACCUGGAGACCCAGCUGCACCAAAUCCACCAGCAGCUCCAAGAGACCCACGAGCACCUGGGUGCUAUGAAAAGCAGGGUAUCCCAGCUGCACAGUGAAGAAACAAGGGACAGACCACUGGCUGACGUGUCCUUUGAGACUCCUUUGCCUUCCCAGGAAAUGCUGAAUAAGGAGAUGCCCCACUCUGAAAUGCAAAUCAAGUUUGGAUCCCAGCUCAGGCAUCAGGAACCAGAGGGCACCCCUCAGCUGGCACCACAGAAAGGGCCAAAAGAAGAAAACAUUUCCAUUGGUGCUGGGAGUGAUUCAGGCCCCUGGAAAAGAGUGAUCUCCAUAGAAGAGGAUCCUGUCUUGGACUUCAUGGAGGGACAGCAGUGUUUCCCACAAGAGCUUACAGGCCAAAGCUCUCUGCUGCGAGAACUGAAUGAUGCAAUAGCAGCUCUGAAACGAGGGCCAGAAAUACGGAGAGACGAGCUCCUCCCACAAAGAGAUGGUUCUUUACAGCCGAGCAGACAAGGUGGGGAUUCUGGGCAAGGAACUGAGCAGGUAAAAGAGGCAGAACAGGAGGCACAGUGGAGAAAUGACGCAGAAGCCAAGGUCUUGGAGGGGGCACUGGCAGUACUCGCCAAUCAGGCCACCUUACGAGGAGAGCCUUGGACUGAGGGACCAUCCCAAGCAGAACUUCAUGCUCAGGAAGCAGAGCAGGCUGGUGCUUCUCAGCCAGCAGGGCAGGAUCCAAUUCACCCAUUGGCAGUAACACAGGGAGUGAGCACCAAGGCAGGUGUGCAGCUCCUGGGUGAGGCGGAGACACUAGAAAUAAUGAAGGGGGAGAGAGAGGAUGCAGCUCUGCAGCCUCCUGCUGGGGCACAGGUCCUAGAAGAAACCCAAGGGGAGCAUGCUGUCACAGAUGUGCAACACCUGGAUGCGGGUGAGACAGUAGAAGACAGGCAAGGAGACAGGGUUGGUACAAGGGUGAAAUAUCUGGAUGAGGACCAAUGGUUGGCAGUACCACAGGGAGAGGGUCUUAAUGCAACAAUGGAGACCCUGACUGAGGCUCAGCUAUUAGAAGUAGUGCAAGGGCAAAGUGCAGAUGCAGAAGUGCAGCCCCUUGCAGAGGCUCUGGCAGUAGGAACAGGGCACAGCGACAGUAUGGAGGGGCAGGGUUUAAGAGCGGUCCAGGAAGAGAAUGGAAGUGCAGAUGUGCAGCCCCUGGAUAAGGCUGAGGAGCUUGAAGGACUAUGGGGAGAAAAUGGAGCAGGCAGGGAGUAUGUGGGUGAGGUUGCAACAGUAGAACGUAUGCAGGGAGAGAGAGAUGCAGAUGUGCAACAACUGGAUAAGGAGGAGGCAGGAGAACCACUGCAGGGAGGGAGAGAGGAUGCAGAGAUCCCACUCCCGGAUGGGGUUGAGACACUAGAAAUAAGGAAAGGGGAGAGAGAGGAUGUAGAUGUGCCACACGGGGAUGAGGCAGAGGCUGUAGAAUCAAUGGAAGGAGAGAGUGCUGAUGUAGACGAGGAGCACCUGGAUGAGGUUCUGACACUAGGCAUGACAAAGGGAGAGAGAGAUAAUGUGGAUAGGAAGCAUCUGGAUAAGGCUCAGAUACCAAGAGUAUCACAAGAUCUUGUUAUGGCAGAACUGUGGUCCCAGGAUGAGGCUGUGGUACUAGGAGCAAUGCAGGGAGAGAUCACUGGUGCAGAGGUGUGGUCCCUGAAUAAGGCUGAAACACUGGAAGUGAUGAAGGGUGAGGUAGCUGAUAAGGGGAGGCAGCAAUGGGCGGAGUCUCAAGAACUUGAAACCGCUCAUGGCAAGGGUGCUGAUACAGAUGUGCAGCACCUGGAGGCAGUGCAAAUGUUAGAAGUAACAAAGGCAGGGAGUGCUGAGGUAGAUAUGGAACAUCUGAAUGAGGCCCAGUUAGUGGCAGUAGCACAGGGACAGGGUGUUGAUACAGAUGGACAAAACAUGGAUAUGGCAGAGACAGUAGAAAUGCCAAAAGGAAAAAGUACCGAUUCAGAUCUGCCAUGUUUGGACAAGGCCCAAAUGUUAGACAUACAAGAGGGAGAGGAAACUGAUGCAGGUAUGGAACAUCUGGAUGAGGCCUGGUCAUUGACAGUACCACAGGGAGAGGGCAUUAGUGCAGCUGUGCAGAUCCUGAGUGAGGCUCAGCUAUUACAAGUUACACAGGAGGAAAGUGCAGACACAGAAAGAGAUGUGCAGUCCCUGGAGGAGGGACAGGCAUUAAGAGGAGCCCAGGAGGAGAGAGUAGCAGCAGAUAUGCUGCCCUACAAUGAGAAUCAGGAACAAGAAGAAACAAGGGGUGCAGACCCGGAGCAUCUGGGUAAAGUUGUGAUGGUAGAAGUAACAACAGGAGGGAGAGAGCUUCCAGUUAUGCAACACCUUGAAGAGGCUAAAAAGCUUGGUGUGAUUCCCAGAGAGAGAGAAGAUGCAUGUAUGCAGAUCCUUGAUGAGGCUCAGGUCCUACAAGGAACCCAGGGGGAGCAUGUUGACAAAGGUGAGUCACUAACAAUUAUGACAGGAGAAAGAGAGGAUGUAGAUGUGCCACACUUGGCUGAGACAAAAGUAAUAGGAUCAAUGCAGGGAAGGAGAGUUGAUAUAGACACAGAGCACCUGAAUGACUUUCUGACACUAGGCAUGACAAAGGGAGAGACAGACGAUAAAUAUGUGCAGCACUUGGUUAAGACUCAGGUACCAGAAGAAUUGCAGGGACAUCAUGUCACGGCAGAACUGUGGCCCCAGGAUGAGGCUCUAGUACUAGGAGAAAUGCAGGGGGAGGCAACUAGCACAGAGGUGUGGUCCCUGGAUAAGGCUGAGACACUGGAAGUGAUGAAGGGUGAGGGAGCUGAUAUGGGGAGGCAGCACCUGGUGGAGCCUCAAGAACUUGAAACCGCACAUGGCAAGGGUGCUGAUACAGAUGUGCAACUGUUAGAAGCAACACAGACAGGAAGUCCUAAGGUAGAUAUGGAAUAUUUGGAUGAGGCCCAGCUAGUGACAGGAGCACAGGGGGAGGGUUUUGAUACAGAUGGACAACACCUGGAUAGGGCUGAGACAAUAGAAAUACUAAAGGGAGAAACUGCUGAUGCAGAUCUGCCACACUUAGGUAAGGCCCAAAUAUUAGAAAUAGAAAAGGAGAUUGAGGCAGAUAUGGAACAUCUGGAUGAGGCCUGGUCACUGAGAGUACCCCUGGCAGAGGGCAUUAGUAUGGCUGAGCAGACCCUGACUGAGGCUCAGCUAUUCAAAGUUACGCAGGGGGAAAUUGCAGACACAGAAAGAGAUCUGCAGUCCCUGGAGGAGGCGCAGGCAUUAAGAGGAGCCCUGGAGGAGAGUGUGGGGGCAGAUAUUCUGCUCUGCAGUGAGGAUCAGGAAGAAGAAGGAACAGAGGGUGAAAUGGGCAGUGCAGACAGGGAGCUUCUGAGUGAGGUUGUGAUGGUAGACCUAACAGGAGAGAGAGAGGAUGCAUCUGUGCAAAAUUUGGAAGAAGCUAAAAGGUCUGAUGAGAUUCCUAGAGAGAGAGACGAUGCAGUUAUGCAGGCCCUGCAUGAGGCUCAGGUCCUAGAAGGAGCACAGGGGGAGUAUGUUGAGACAGAUGUGCAACACCUGGAUGAGGCACAGGCAGUAGAAGCAAUGCUAGGAGACAAUGUUGAUGCAGCUAAGGAGCUCCUGGAUGAGACUGUGGCACUAGAUGUGACAAAGAGAGAGAGAGAUGAUGGAGGAGAUGUGCAGCUUCUGGAUAAGGCUCAUGUACUGAAAGUAUCCCAGGGAGAUCUUAUUAUGGCAGAACUGUGGUCCCAGGAUGAGGCUCUGGUACAAGGAGCAAUGCAGGGAGAGAUCACUGAUGCAGUGGUGCGGUCCCUGGAUAAGGCUGAGACACUGGAAGUGAAAAAGGGUAAGGGAGCGGAUAUGGGGAGGCAGCACCUGGUGCAGCCUCAAUACCCUAAAACCAUGCAUGGCAAGGGUGCUGAUGCAGAUGAGCAGCACCUGGAGGCAGUGCAAGUAUCAGAAAUAGCAGAGGCAGGGAGUCCUGAGGUAGAUAUGGAACAUCUGGAUGAGGCCAAGUUAGUGGCAGCAGCACUAGGGGAAGGUGUUGAUACAGAUGGACAACACCUGGAUAGGGCUGAGACAGUAGAUAUACUAAAGGGAGAAACUGCUGAUACAGAUCUGCCAUGCUUGGAUAAGGCCGAAAUGUUAGAAAUACAAGUGGAGACUGAUGCAGAUAUGGAACAUCUGGAUGAGGCCUGGUCAUUGAGAGUACCCCUGGCAGACGACAUUAGUGCAGCUGUGCAGACCCUGAGUGAGGCACAACUAUUACGAGUUACACAGGAGGAAAUUGCAGACACAGAAAGAGAUGUGCAGUCCCUGGAGGAGGCACAGGCAUUAAGAGGAGCCCAGGAGGAGAGUGUAGGAGCAGAUAUUCUGCUCUGUCAUGCGGGCCAGGAACAAGAAGAAACACAGGGCAAUACUGGGGUUGUAGACAGGGAGUGUCUGGAUGAGGUUGUGAUGGUAGAAGUAACAACAGGAGAGAGAGAGGAUGCAGUUAUGCAACAGCUGGGAGAAGCUAAAAACCUUGAUGUGGUUCCCAGAGAAACAGAGGAUGCAGGGAUGCAGGCCCUUGAUGAGGCUCAGGUCCUAGAAGGACCACUGGGGGAGCAUGUUGAGAUAGAUGUGCAACACCUGGAUGAGGUUGAGUCACUAGAGGUAAUGAAAGGAGAGCUAGAGAAAGCAGAUGUGCCAAACCUGAAUGAGAUAGAAGCUGUAGAAUCAGGGCAAGGAGAGACAGUUUAUGUAGACACAGAGCACCUGGAUGAGGUUCUGACACUGGAUGUAACAAAGGGAGAGAGAGAUGAUGCUGAUGUGCAGCAUCUGGAUAAGGCUCAGAUACCAGAAGUAUCGCAGGGAGAUCUUGUUACGGCAGAACUGAGGCCACGGGAUGAGGCUCUGGUACUAGGAGCAAUGCAGGGGGAGAUCACUGGUGCCGAGGUGUGGUUCCUGGAUAAGGCUGAGACACUGGAAGUCAUGAAGGGUAAGGGAGCUGAUGAGGGGAGGCAGCACCUGGUGGAGCCUCAAGAAUUUGAAGCUGUGCAUGGCAAACAUGCUGAUGCAGAUGUGGAGCACCUAGAAGCAAUGCAAAUGUUAGAAGUAACACAGGCAGGGAGAGCUGAGGUAGACAUAGAGUAUCUAGAUGAGGCCCAGUUAGUGGCAGUAGCACAGGGGGAUGGUUUUGAUAGGGGUGGACAACACCUGGGUAUGGCUGAGACAGUAGAAAUACCAAAGGGAAAAAUUACUGAUGCAGAUCUGCCAUGUUUAAACAAGGCCCAUAUGUUAGACGUACAAGAGGGAGAGGAGACAUAUACAGUUAUGGAACAUCUGAAUGAGGCCUGGUCAUUGACAGUACCACAGGGAGAGGGCAUUAGUACAGCUGUGCAGACCCUGAGUGAGGCUCAGCUAUUCCAAGUUACACAGGAGGAAAGUGCAGCCGCAGAAAGAGAUGCACAGUCCCUGGAGGAGGGGCAGGCAUUAAAAGGAGCCCAGGAGGAGAGAGUAGCAGCAGAUAUGCUGCCCUACAAUGAGAAUCAGGAACGAGAAGAAACAAGGGGUGCGGACCCAGAGCAUCUGGGUAAAGUUGUGGUGGUAGAAGUAACAACAGGAGAGAGUGAGCAUGCAGUUAUGCAACAGCCUGAAGAGGCUAAAAAGCUUGGUGUGCUUCUCAGAGAGAGAGAGGAUGCAGGUAUGCAGAUGUUUGAUGAGACUCGGGUCCUACAAGGAACCCAGGGGGAGCACGUUGACACAGAUGAGUCACUAGAAAUAACGAUGGGAGAGAGAGAGGAUGUAGACGUGCCACACCUGGCUGAGACAGAAGUAGUAGGAUCAAUGCAGGGAGAGAGAGUUCAUACAGACACAGAGCACCUGAAUGACUUUAUGACACUAGGCAUGACAAAGGGAGAGAGAGACAAUGAAAACGUGCAGCACCUGUUUAAGGCUCAGGUACCAGAAGAAUCGAAGGGAGAUCUUGUUACAGCAGAACUGUGGCCCCAGGAUGCGGCUCUAGUACUAGGAGAAAUGCAGGGGGAGACCACUGGCACAGAGGUGUGGUCCCUGGAUAAGGCUGAGACACUGGAAGUGAUAAAGGGCAAGGGAGCUGAUGAGGGGAGGCAGCACCUGAUGGAGCCUCAAGACUUUGAAACUACACAUGGCAAGGGUGCUGAUGCAGAUGUGCAGCACCUGGAGGCAGUGCAACUGUUAAAAGCAACACAGGCAGGAAGUGCUGAGGUAGAUAUGGAACAUCUGGAUAAGGCCCAGGUAGUGGCAGUAGCACAGGGAGAGGAUGUUGAUACAGAUGGACAAAACAUGGAUGUUGCUCAGACAGUAGAAAUGCCAAAAAGAAAAAGUACUGAUGCAGAUCUGCCAUGCUUGGAUAAGGUCCUAAUGUUAGACCUACAAGAGGGAGAGGAGAAUGAUGCGGUUAUGGAACAUCUGGAUGAGGCCUGGUCAUUGGCAGUACCACAGCGAGAAGACAUUAGUGCAGCUGUGCAGACCCUGAGUGAGGCUCAGCUAUUACAGGUUACACAGGAAGAAGGUGCAGGCACAGAAAGCAACGUGCAGGCCCUGGAGGAGGAGCAGGCAUUAAGAGGAGCCCAGGAGGAAAGUGUGGGAGCAGAUAUUCUGCUCUGUGCUGAGGAUCAGGAACAAAAUGAAACACAGGGCAAAACUAAGGUUGCAGAUGGGUUGUGUCUGAGUGAAGUUGUAAUGAUAGAAGUAACAACAGGAGAGAGAGAGGAUGCAGUUAUGCAACAGCUGGGAGAAGCUAAAAAGCUUCAUGUGAUUCCCAGAGAGGCAGAGGAUGCAGGGAUGCAGGCCCUUGAUGAGGCUCAGGUCCUAGAAGGAUCACUGGGGGAGCAUGUUGAGACAGACGUGCAACAGCUGGAUGAGGCUGAGUCACUAGAGGUAGUGAAAGGAGAGCUAAAGGAUACAGACAUCCCACACCAGGAUGAGACAGAGGCAGUAGAAGCAAUGCCGGGAGAGAGUGUUGAGUUAGAAUCAGAGCACCUGGAUGACGUUGUGGCACUAGGCAUGGCAAAGGGAGAGAGAGAUGAUGCAGAUGUGCAGUAUCUGGAUCAGGCUCAAGUACCACAAGUAUCACAGAGAGAUCUUGUCACGGCAGACCUUUGGGCCCGGAAUGAGACUCUGGUACUAGAAGCAAUGCAGGGGGAGAUCACUGGUGCAGAGGUGUGGUUCCUGGAUAAGGCUGAGAUACUGAAAGUGAUGAAGGGUGAGGGAGUUGAGGAGGGGAGGCAGCAACUGAUGGAGCCUCAAGAACCUGAAACAGUGCAGGGUAAGGGUGCUGAUGCAGAUGUGCAGGACCUGGAGGCAGCGGCAAUGUUAGACAUAACACAGUCAGGGAGCACUGAGGUAUAUGUGGAACAUCUGGAUGAGGCUCAAUUAGUGGCAGUAGCACAGGGGGAGGGUGUUGAUACAGAUGGACAACAUCUGGAUAGGGCUGAGACAGUAGAAAUACCAAAGGGAGAAACUGCUGAUUCAGAUCUGCCAUGCUUGGAUAAGGCCCUAAUGUUAGAUGUACAAGAGGGAGAGGAGACUGAUGCAGGUAUGGAACAUCUGGAUGAGGCCUGGUCAUUGACAGUACCACAGGGAGAGGGCAUUAGUACAGCUGUGCAGACCCUGAGUGAGGCUCAGCUAUUACAAGUUACACAGGAGGAAAGUGCAGACACAGAAAGAGAUGUGCAGUCCCUGGAGGAGGGGCAGGCAUUAAGAGGAGCCCAAGAGGAGAGAGUAGCGGCAGAUAUGCUGCCCUACAAUGAGAAUCAGGAACAAGAAGAAACAAGGGGUGCAAAAACAGAGCAUCUGGGUGAAGAUAUGAUGGUAGAAAUAACAGCAGGAGGGAGAGAGCAUGCAGUUAUGCAACAGUUUGAAGGGGGUAUAAAGCUUGGUGUUAUUCCCAGAGAGAGAGGGGAUACAAGUAUGCAGAUUCUUGAUGAGGCUCAGGUCCUAGAAGUAACCCAGGGGGAGCAUGUUGACACAGAUGAGGCACUAGAAAUAAUGGGUGAGAGAGAGGAUGUAGACAUGCCACACCUGGCUGAGACAGAAGCAGUAGGAUCAAUGCAGGGAGAGAGAGUUGAUAUAAACAAAGAGCACCUGAAUGACUUUCUAACACUAGGCGUGACAAAGGGAGAGGGAGACAAUGCAGAUAUGCAGCAUCUGGAUAAGGCACAGGUACUAAAAGUAUCCCAAGGAGGUCUUGUUAUGGCAGAACUGUGGCCCCGAGAUGAGGCUCUGGUACUAAGAGCAAUGAAAGGGGAGAGUACUGGCAUAGAGGUGUGGUCCCUGGAUAAGACCAAAAUACUGGAAGUGAGGAAGGGUGAGGAAGCUGAUGUGGAUGAGCCAUGGCCAGAGGAGGUUCAAGAACUUGAAACAGCACAGGGCGAGAGUGCUGAUGCACAUGUGCAGCACCUGGAUAGGGCUGAGGCACCAGAACUAGCACAGGGAGAGAGUGUCAGUGUGGGUGUGAAGUGCUUGGAUGAGGAGUCUCUAUUAGAUAUAAUGCACAGAGCUCAGCAUGAAGCAGAUGCAUCUCUCUGGUCUGAAGCUGAGAUACUAGAAUUAAUGCUGGGGAAGACCUCUUAUGCAAAUGUACUGCCGCCAUGUGAGGUGCAGACACUAGAUCUAAUGCAGGGAAAGAUGGUUGACGCAGAUGUGCAGGCCCCUGCUGCUUCAGAGCUGCCCCUGCAAGCCAGCAUGCUUCAGGAAGGACUGCUGAUGCAAGAGGAUGUUCUCAUUCCAGAUGUGCAGCCUCCUGAUGUUUCAGACCAGGCGAUACAAGAGGAAGUUCAGAAGCAGGCACCAAUGCAGAAGGAUGGGCUUGUUCCAGAUGUGAAGACAGCUGCUAGUUCCAAGCAGGCAGUGCGAGAGGAGAAUCCUCCCACAACAAAGGUACCACAGAACAUGACCCUUGAGCAUAAAGAGCCAGAGAAACAGGAGGCUCCACAAAACUAUUCCUCUCUCAUGGAGAUUCUACACAUGGAGCCUAUUGAGACUAACAUUGAGCAAAUGAUUCUCAGAGACAGCCUGUUUGGGGAUGCACACAUGGCUGAGAGUCUGCCCCACAGCCCUAGGAAACCUAAAGCAGAAGAAACCAAAGAAGAUGCAGUGGACAGGAAACAAGAACUCGGUGUUGAUGUGAACAAGGCAAUGAGCCCUGAACCAGGAGAGGAGUCCCAAAAGAGUCCAGCAGAAGACUUCAAAGACCUUGGCCCUGAUCCAGACCAUCUUUAUAAUGUGUUGUUUGUGGGGGACUCCAAUGUUGGCAAAACUUCCUUCCUGUACCGGCUACAUGAUGAUUUCUUCAAUCCACGCCUGACUGCUACCAUAGGAUUGGAUUAUCGGAUCAAAAACCUUUUUGUGGAUGAGAAGUGCUUUGCUCUGCGCCUGUGGGACUCGGCUGGUCAAGAAAGGUAUCAUAGCAUCACCAAGCAGUUCUACAGAAAAGCUGAUGGAGUGGUAUUGAUGUAUGAUGUCACUUCAGAAUACUCCUUUGCAGAUGUGCGGUACUGGCUGAAUUGUAUCCAGGAAGGUGCAGAAGAUAAGGUUGUUAUCCUUCUACUUGGUAACAAAAUAGACUGUGCUGCAGACAGACAAGUGUCUACUGAACAAGGUCAACGCUUGGCAAAGGAAAAUCGGCUCUCGUUCUAUGAAUGCAGUGCUGCCUCAGGCCACAACGUCUGCGAAUCCAUGGUUGCCUUAGCCAGGUUGCUAAAAGAUCAAGAAGACAGAUUAAAAAACGAGGCAGUGGAGGCACCAGCACCUCCCCAGAAAAAAAGAGGCUGUUGUGGGUGACCAGCAGGACCUCUGCUGUGGUCUAUGCAUACUGUUGCAACCAGAAAGCAUAAAAAUAGCUUCAUCUUAACCACCAUCUCUGUGUCUGACCUUACUGAUUUCCCCUCAGGCACUGCAGAGCAAAAGCAGUUAUGAGGGAGUGGGCUGCAAUCUGUUCUGAAUCUGUCUCAUUCAUGUCUAAUCAAUUUCUAUUAUUGCCCAUCUCCAGAGUAUCUAAGCGCUUAAUGUGUUAAUUUGGAAACAUCAGUUCUUUCAUUAAGAGAUCAAAACUGCAAUCCUUCUCUGCAACUGAUGAUGCAAAAAGCACAAAGGACCCAGCCAAUUUUUCAUAGCCUUAGUUGAGUUACUGGAAUCAACAAAGAGCAAAAACCUUUGAGGGUGAAAUUCAACUCAGCGCACAGGGCCAACACAAGGCCUGUGUUAUCACCGGGAGCUGCAAAAUAGUGCUUAACGGUGCUUAGGCCUCUGUCUGGUGGCAAGUUUAACUCUGAAUUUGUAAACUGAGAAAAUGUGAUUCCAAAUCAACGGACAGAGAACGUACAGUAGACCAUAAACUCCUUUUACAGUUAUUUCUUUUCAGAUUGUACUUUCUAAAGUAUACUAUCAGUUUAAAUUUCUUCACCUGUACAUCUAAUUUUGUUUUUGCCUGCCUUUCAUGUUCUACUAUGCCUGCAAGUAAGAAAGGAUCACUUCCUCUGUAUAAACUUGCUAUUAAAAACUACAAUAAGAAAUGCACAGAAAAAUUGAUAGAAGCCACAGGAUAAAUAAUACAAGUACAUUGAGAUGAAGAGCUUGGUCAGCUGAAUUAUUUUGAAUGAAGUAUACUCUAAGAAGCAAUGGCUUAUUCCAUUAUAACAAGCUGGGGAAAGGGAAAUUAAGGUGUUGUAAACUACAUGUAUAAACACCCUUGCUUUGUUUUUUA